AUGUCGUCAUUGAAACGAUCAUCAAAAGCUGGUCAACGGAUCCAUCGUGAACGUCCUCAGCCCGAAUCACGAGCACAGUUUGGUCUGUUGGAGAAAAAGAAGGAUUAUGUUCAGCGUGCUCGAGAUUACAAUUAUAAAAAGGCAAAACUGCAAAGAUUGCGACAGAAGGCACUGAAUCGGAAUCCAGAUGAAUUCCAUUUCCAUAUGAUUCGAAGUCAUAUUGGGGAUGAUGGAGUACAUCAUGAAAAUACCCCAGAACCUGAUGAGGAUACGUUGGUGCAAAAAAAAUUAAAGAAUUUAGAAGAUUUGAAAUAUGUGAAGCAUCGACUGAAUAUUGAAAAUCAGAAAAUUGAAAAGCUGAAAGCAACCUUACAUUUUGCUGACACUACAGUUGCGAAAAAUACACAUACCAUUUUCGUGGAUACAGCAAAAGAAGCAAAGAAUUUUGAUCCCGUGAAAUAUUUCAAUACGCCGAAAGAAGUAUUAGAUCGAAGAUAUAAUCGACCGCGCAUUUCUACUCUACAGAGCAAUGCUAUCACAAACGCUAAAAGCAAGAGUGAUGUGAAGCAAGCAGAUCAUGAACGACGAAAGAUGUACAGUGAACUAUUGAAAAGAUUGCAACGUGCAAAAGAAUUGAAGGUCGUUGUUGAGAAAUUGGAAGUUAAAAGGAAUUUAGUAGAAAGCAAAGGGAAAGAAUUACGACCCAAAAAGGUAGCAAAGGGACAAUUGAUGAAACCACCGGUGUAUAAAUGGAUUUAUGAAAGAAAAAAGUAA